AUUUGCUCACUCAGUCACCACUCACCUGGCGAAUAACAACAACGCAGCGUCUCGACCGCUUACCCCAGCAUCAUACACGGCGAAAAAACCAUAAUACCGUCACCUUGGGACGUCUCUAUUAAAAAGCACUUACCUCAGCACCACACAUUUAUUGCAUCUCUGUUAAACCUCACUCUAUCAAUUAUCAUUCCUGUGAUUUAAUUUAAUUUUACCCAGUUAAAUUUAAAUACACACGUUGUUGAAGGGUUUAGGAGCGAGUAAACUCAAAAUACCCCGAAUUAUGCUGUUCCUUUUUCAACCCUUUAUGCGGCCUGAGGCAACAUGGCCGCGCAAGUGGGUUUAGCUAAUAAUAGACCAGUAAAACAUAAAUAAAGUGCAUGUGAAUCGUAUACUUUUUGAAACUUGCAAAUCCGAGGCAGCUUUUACGCGAAAGAAAAUAUAACAGUUGUGACAUUUUUAUUUGUGCGUCUUGCGGAAAUAUUUUGUGUUACCGGAUGAAGAAUACGACGACGACCCGGGUAUAUCAUCCUAGCGUCACAUGAAAAGACUGUUAUGAUCUGGUAAAUUAAUUAUUAACUAAAAGAAAGGAUUAUGAACUGGUUUAAGGAGUUGGGUAAGAAUUUAAUGCCUAACGUACUAUUUGAGAAUUGUCAAUUGUUUGGAAGAAAAACAAUAGAUACUUGGUUUCUAUAAGUCUACCCUACUGUGCAUGCAAUCAACGCGACCAAUGACCAAAGAACUAUUGUGUACCAUUGUUUAAUUUCGUCAACCUCAAAACUGAGAAGGAAGCGACCUAAUACUACAAAAAAUGAACAAUUAUUAUACUGAGACUUAUAUAAGUGCAAAGUAGCAGCAUCUCGUCUGGAUUUUUUUGGUGUCCAAGAUUCCAGUGACAUAUCAACUAUCCAACCAACCACCACCUAUCUACAACCUGUCCAGAUAUCAUCAUCACUUAUUUUGACUUGUAUUUAUCCGUGCUCCGUUAACAUACCUGACUUAUUAACCCCCUACGGGAACUGGUAUUUUAAAUAAAGAGACAAAAACAGUCGCCAAGAUGUGGAAGUGUUGCUUCACCAAAACCUACGAAGCCCCGGAAGUUCUGGAGUUGGACUUUCGCCACUCGUCCCUCAUUGAGGUUCCUGCCGACGUUUUCACCUUCGAGAGGACACUGGAAAAGUUGGAUUUGGGUUCCAACCAGAUAUCCGACUUGCCUCCAUCCCUAUUCCAUUGUCACGAGCUGAAAGAGCUGGACCUGUGCGAUAACGAUUUGAUGUCCAUCCCACAAGCAGUUGGGUCGUUGACACGAUUAUGCAAAUUAGAUUUGAGUCGCAAUGCAAUCACCGAUGUUGCAGAUACCAUCAAAAAUUGCAAAAACUUGGUCUACUUCGACCUCAGCAUGAAUCAUCUUACGAAACUACCAGAAGGGAUCUCUCAACUCGUGAACUUGGAAGAACUUUUCCUCAACGAUACAUAUUUAGAAUUUCUUCACGCAAAUUUUGGUCGUCUCACCAAGUUGAAAGUCUUAGAGUUGCGAGAAAAUGCCAUCCAGACGCUGCCCAAAUCAAUGAGUAGGUUGCAUCACUUGCAGAGACUUGACAUUGGCCAAAAUGAUUUGGCUGACUUGCCGGACGUGGUUGGGACGUUGUCAAGUUUAACCGAACUAUGGUGCGACAACAAUACUAUUCGCUCAAUUCCAAAGUUCAUCGGGAACCUGACAAAGUUGAACUGCUUGGAUGCGUCACAAAAUGAGAUUCAAGGGAUUGCCGAAGAAAUUAGCAAAUGUACUCAGUUGUCGGACGUAACACUAAACGUAAACAGCUUACAGUCGUUACCUGACUCGUUCACAAAGCUGGAAAACAUAUCUGUCCUUCGCCUCGAUUGUAAUUCUAUCUCGUAUCUUCCCGAGGAGUUUGGAAAUCUGAAGAAUUUGCAGGAGUUGAGCAUUGUGGGAAAUAUUCUGAAAGCCCUGCCGGCUUCAAUGGGUCUCUUGAGAAAGCUGCAUACCCUCUACUUGGAUGAUAACUUGCUGUCCUCGCUGCCGAAAGAGAUUGGGAGUUGUACCUCUUUGACCGUCUUAAGUUUGUCCAAGAACCGUUUGAAAGAGAUUCCAUCGGAAGUUGGACACUUGAGCGCUCUAAAAGUUUUCACGCUGUCUGGAAACCUCGUCGUCCAUUUGCCCGUUUCUAUUCUUAGCAUUACCAAGUUGGGUGCACUUUGGCUGUCAGAGUCUCAGUCCAAACCACUUCUUCCAUUGACCUCAGAAAUUGAUCCUGCUUCCGGACAACAUGUGUUAACUUGCUAUCUCUUACCACAGUUGCCUUACAAUGGAGACGAAGCAAGGAAAUACAUUGACGAGUCAAAUGAUAAUCCUUUACCUCGACGAAGUAAACCGUCCAUCAAAUUCCUGACGGAUGUGGAACCGGUGGUUAUUGAGUCCAAUGUAAACAAAAGAGGACUACUCCGAGCUCCGACACCAUACCCCAAAGAGCUACGAGCAUUGGCAAAGCACGCUUCUCACAUUCACAAUCGACAAUCUAAAGAACACAAUGGAGAUAUUGUCAACACGGAUGAACCAGAGUAUGAUGGAGAUUAUCCGGAAGAGCAGCCGAGUGGCAGUGGCGACCCAAAAACUAGUAUUGCAUCGACCCGAAUAAAUUCCGUCCAAACUUCUAUUGAUAUUCCCGAUACGUCAUCUAAAGCUAAGGCUGUUCCAGAAAUUCCUGUCAAUUCAAGUUAUUCUGCGUAUCAAUCAAAUUUACUAACAUCCGGAGCGUCCACAUCAAAAGUAGAUUACAAAUCCCCAUUACAUGGAAUUAGCAGUAUUGACACCAUUGGCUUGCCUGGUGUGGCACCAGCCAAUGUUGCCACUAGAAGCUAUUCUUCGACCCCUUCUUCCUCCUCCUCUUCAUAUCCACAGCAACUUUCAACUACGGGGCAGUCAUAUAUAUCAUCUCAACAAAACAACCACCAAGAUAUUUCUGACGUUGGGAAAAACCAGCAGCUGGAUGUUUCUACAGCAGGAUCUUCCCAACUUGAAACUAGAUUUACUGGGCUGCCGGAUGGUCCUGAUAAAUCUAAUCGUGAGAGUUAUGGCGUUUCAGCUACAGAAAUGGCUCGAAAAAGUCCUCCUCCGUACCACGUGGCUGCAAGACGGGCUGCAUUUUUUCGCUCCUCUGGUGGAGCCGGUGGUUCAGGACUUGGAUCACCGACUCCUCAAGAUACCCAAGGCCAUGCUCGGGCCUCCCCAAUCGUUGGCAGAAUAUUUCCACUACCAACAACAGCCGAACCUUACCAUUCUAGUACUAGUUCAUCUACAUCACCUUCAGUCGUCUCAAAGUCUACGGACAUGAAUGUUGCCUCUAAUCGAAAUACAAAAAGUUCAAUGGCUGACGAUGAUGAAGAGGUUUUCAAUUUGAAUAAAACAUACACUAUUUCCAAAGAUAUUGACGACUCCGACGCUGCGUCUUCUUCUAUUGAAGAAAAUCUGGACAAAGGAGGAUCAUCUACACUUGAUUUAGAUAAGGGGACACUUGACUCGAAAAAUUUAGUGAAAACUAUUGAAUCAGCUCUAGAAAGUGUGGAUAAAAGAACGACAGAAUUUUUACGCGAAGAUCGUUGGCAAGAUGCAGAAAUAAUAACAGAACAGCAACAAGAUGAUCAUCGCAAUAAUCCUGCACCCCCACCUUUGGAAGGAGAAGUGUUAUAUUCCAAUGUCGGUCUAAACGAAGAAACAGAUCACGUGGACUCCAAAGUUAAGCCGAAACCAAUUGUUCCGUCCGGCAUACCAAGUUCAAUGUUCCAUACUUCUAAAGGACCCCCAGCAGUACCACCGAAACCCAGCCCAUUGUUAUCACGUCAGCAAAUUGGAAUGCAUCAUUCACCAGAGCAAGUUAUUAAUGAUACAAGCUUGGACGUAUUACCUGCGAACGUAUCUUCUUCUACUCGAAGUGAAAAUCAUUCAAAAAUCCCUACAUUUGGAUUGACGUAUUCCAAUAAGUUUGUGAAUAGUCACUUACCCGUAACUAUCUCCUCCUCGGGUGACAGCAACAACCACCACCAACAGUUCCAUUCCACCCAAAGUCCUCCAUUCGUCGAUCAAUCUUUGGAAGCUGGUAAAAGUUACAUGAAUCAUGACACAACUGAGAAAAGUUGGGGGAGUCAAACCAGUUCAACAAGCAGCAUAGGAGGCCUGAAUAGUCGCAUUCCCAAAACCACUUCAUUCCAAUCGCCAGUCAAGUCAUCAGCAGUGCACAAUUUUAGCGGCCAACAACAGAGUCAGUUUCAAUUUAAGAAGCCAGAAAUUUUAAGUCCAAAGCCGUCUAUUGCAAGAACUGUAAAUCCCAGUAGGAUACCAUCAUUUGGUUCCGCUGAUAAUGGUAAAACAAGAGAUGAAAUAACGACCACUGCUACUUCUCCAUCGCUAGCAAAUUCUACUCAGAAAAGCUCUUUAGUUUCACCAAAAUUUUCGUCGUCUUCUUCUACUGGAAAUGCUACUGGUGGUGGAAUUAUUACUUCCACUAUUGUAGAGAACCGCAGCAUGAAUUCUAGCAGUAUUCCAGAAUCAAAUGCAAAUAGCAACCUUGACAAUUCCAUUACCGGGACAAAAAUCUCUCGUUUCGGUGAACCUUCACCAGAGAAACACGAUUUAAAAAGGACUGGAAGUGGUACAAGAAUUCCCAAGUUUACGACCACCGCCGACACUUUGCGUACCGCAUUACCAAUAUCUCCUCCCCACCAAACAACCAACAAUGUAGACAAUGCUGCAUACCAAUCUGAAAAUAAUAAUGAGGCUGACACUAGUCUUUCAAACAUCCCUACAUCCGGCAUCUCUAGAAUUCCAAGCUUAGGAAAAAAACCUUGGAUUUUUGGAACUCAUAAAAAUGCACGAGUUGUUGCUAUUGAGUUUAAGAAGAUCAAUUCACUAGGUUUCUCUGUAAGUGAAGCGCCUGCAGUAGGUCACGGCCUAGAUGGGCAGGGUAUUUACGUAGUUGGUACUGACACAGUGGAUUCCACAGUAAAAGUCGGCGACAAGAUAUUGCAAGUUGAUGGAAUAGACGUGUCAAACAUGGGUCUUGAAAUUGUCAAAAAGAUAUUAAGUAACUGUCAAGAGAAUAUCAACUUGCUCGUUUCUCGUAAAAGUUAGUUCUCUCUUUCUCAUUGUAUGUCGUCUCCCAACUGUCACAGAACUAUUAAUACAUUUACCAUUAGUGUAUGGAUUUAGAAUCAGUAUCUGAGAGCCAAGUCUAUGUACUUAUAACAGAGUUCAGUUUUGAUUGAUUAAUGACUAUUUUACAAUGUCCUCGUUAUAUAGUUUUAAAAAUACCACCGAUAUUUAGUAUUCCUUUGUUUUAUGUCAUUCUUCAAUGAUGUAGGCAGCCAUUUCUUUCUACUACGACCAGAUUUUAUUAUUCCAUGAGUUUAGACUUACAGUUACCUGCUUGCAUACUGUAUUUACUUUUUCCACUGUUUAUGAAUUUUAUUUAUGUUACAGUACAGCAAUAGUGGUACAAUUUUUGUUGUAGUCAUUGUAUUCAAACAAGAACGGUCAGCUAUUUUGGCGACAUUACAUAUUGCAAUAUGCAUGGUUUUACUUUUUUAGAUGAUUCUUUUACAUAUAUUUUGUAAUUUUAGCCUAUUUAUUUAAAAAGUCAAUAUUCAUGGUAUUAUUUUUUAUUUUGGAUUAUGCUAUUCAGCUAUUGAUAUGUUAUUAUUCCAGUUGGACAGAUCUUUAAUAGUCCUAUAUUUUAUGACCAACUAAAAUUAUUUGAUACCAGAAAUUUAGAAGAUGGAGAAAGAUGCUCUUUUUUAAGAUACAAUGGAACCUGCUAUGCUAUUCAGUAUUUUGAAAUAUAAAUUACUAUUGACUAUUGCUACGAUGAUAAGAUUGCACACUUGAUUCGUGAGAUUACCAGUACCUUGAUCUUCACCCUUCGGUAUAUACAUAUAAAUAUAUAAAUAUACAUAUAUCAAAAAUAGUUGAAUAAUUAUAUCACAGCACUUAAAAAUUACCUUUUAACGAAAGUGCACGUUCUGGAAUGCACAAUAUACUGUCCGUAUUUUUAAAAAAGGUAGUUUGUAAUAAUCUUUGUGUUAUUUUAUUGAAAUGAUGAAUUACAUUAUUGAUGUUAGUUUUAAAUAGUUUGAGCUCGUUUCAAAGAGUAGUAAGCUUCAAAUAAAAGAUUUUAUGAAUGUUGUGAAAGCAAAA